AUGAUCGCUUCCCCCUCCCGCCAUCCACACUGGCCUGGCGGCGUCCCGCCUGAGAUCCAGGUCGAUGCGAAUGGUGACAUCACUCAAAACGAGGCAAUCGAGGAGUCUAGAGCAUGGUUUCUUUUUGUCGAGGAGCAAUGGGUUCCUCGAACGACGGCCAACAUCUCCGAUGAAGACGGCGACUAUGAAGUCCGCCAGCGACGACAAAUCAUGGUGGAAUGGGCGAAAGCGAGUCAAGAGCUUAGGGAUGCAUACCACCAGCGAGCCCUGCAAAGAACCGGCUUCAAUCUGCCCCCCGAAGACGCUACGCAAAAUGCCGACUACCCCGGCGACUGUCCCGACUUCUUAUGUCUCGCGCCGCUGGGCCCAGACCACCGCUCCAACCGUUCAAAGUGGAUCAAGCUCUUCCUCCUCUCGUGCCGCCUGGACGGGGAGAUGGGCCACUGUCUGGAUCAAUACGGGUCUGAGCACGGCGGGCUCACUCUCAACCCCGCGAGUCAUCCGGACCCCUCUGCAGUCCAGGUCACGGACGUACUGCCGCGGGCGCUGCUGGAGACAGCGAAUUGGAAUUGCAUUACCAUGACGCGCCGCGGCACCGUCCUCUUCCUCCAACGCCUCGGCCCGUGGUUCCUAGUCACGCCGGAUGAUUUGGAAACGGGGCACAUCACCAUCGUCGAGUUCAAGCGCAACGGACAGGUCGCGAAAUCGUUGCGUCGCCGUGCUUGCAACAUGUGGCCCGUCUAUCUCAAGUACUGCGGCCAGUACCUGUCGCUGGAGGAGAUCGAGGACAACCGCGUUGGUGGGAAUGCGGCAAUGAAUUCCGAUCUGGACAUGACACUACCUAUCGUCGACAUUCUUGAAGGGGCCAAGGCCCGCGGCGAGUUUCUUUUCGGGUUUGAUGGCGAUCGCGAGGCGUGGACUGAGGAUAUUGAGAUCUAUGCGCCCGGGUAUCUCGCGAUGGAAGCUGCUGGGAAUGAAGCGGAUUACGAUCAUGCGCGUCUGAUUGACCCUAUGGAGGCAUAUGAUAUUCGUCGAGAAAUGUACGCGAGCUUCGACUGCAAGGACCCUGGCAGCAGAACGUAA